AUGGAUAGGAAUAGCGCCCCCAGUCCUGAUGGCUUUAACGGGGCUUUCUUCCAACAUUCUUGGGAGAUUGUGGGUGAGGAUGUGGUUGCUGCUGUUCGUCGGUUCUUCACGCAUGGCUAUCUCCCUCAGGGCCUCAAUUCCAACCUGCUUUGUCUUCUUCCCAAGAAGAAUGAUGCUGUGUUGGUCUCUGACUUCCGUCCUAUUGUGCUUGGUAAUUUCUUCUUCAAAGUAAUUACCAAGAUUUUGGCUUCUCGCCUGAAUAUGGUGGCUGCUGUCAUUGUCUCUGCAAAUCAGUUCGGGUUUAUCUCGGGGCGUUCUAUUCAGGAAUGUAUUGUGCUUGCUUCUGAAGGGGUUAAUUGCAUGGAGCGAUCGAUACAGGGAAGGAACAUGGCUCUGGAGGUGGACAUCAGGAAAGCUUUUAAUACUCUUAGCUGGGAUUUCGUUGAGACGGUUCUGCACAGUUUCAGUUUCUCUCAGAUUUUCCGGCAGUGGAUCAGAGUUAUCUUCGAGUCGGCUCGGAUUUCUGUCCUCUUCAAUGGGGAGCAGCAUGGUUUCUUCGGCUGCUCACGUGGGGUUCGCCAGGGGGAUCCUUUGUCACCGAUUUUAUUUGGUUUGGCUGAAGAUGUCUUGAGUCGCCUUCUCCUGGAUGCUGCUGAUAUGGGUUUUAUUACUCGGAUGAAGAUGUCUCGCUCCUUGCUUUUCCCUUCUCAUCUUCUGUAUGCUGAUGAUGUCUUUUUGUUUUGUAAGGCUACAAAGCGUAGUUGCAGGAUGAUUGACUCUAUUCUUCAGAUCUAUGCUUCUGUUUCAGGACAAUUCUGCAAUAAAGCCAAGUCCACGGUUUUCUUUGGUAGAGGGGUGCCUAUUCAGUUGAGGCGUCGGUUGCAGUGGGAGUUGGGGUUCUCCAUCGGCUCUCUGCCUUUUAUUUAUCUGGGUGUCCCCAUUUUUGCGGGACGAGCUUCCACUGCUCGCCUUUCCUGUAUUCGUGACCGCAUCAUUGCGCACUUUCCAAGAUGGCAGGGAAUGCAGCUUUCUAUGGCCGGGCGUAUUUGUCUUGUCACUUCCAUCAUCCAGAGUGCGGCGGUCCAUAGCAUGUUGAUUUACAAGUGGCCGGCUAAGCUGCUUCAUGAGCUGGAUAAAGCCUGCAGGUCCUUUAUUUGGACAGGUUGCACUACCUCUAAGCCUAGAUCUUCAGUGUCUUGGAAUAGGGUCUGCGCUGCUAAGAACCAGGGAGGGCUGAACGUGAAGUCCUUUACUCACAUUAGUCAGAGCUUCCUGCUUCGUUUGAGCUGGUUACUUGUCACCUCGGAUUCUAUUGGCUUCAAGCUUUUUAGACAGCGUUAUCUGGACUCCUGUUUGAGGCCUCGUUCCCCUUGGUUCUCCUCCAUGAUCUGGCUGGUGGACAGAAUCGAGAUUCCUGUUAAUGUUCAUCAGACUCUCAUGCAACCUAUCUCGGAUUAUUUCUUUGAUAAUUCCUGGCAUUUCACUCUGGACUUCUUGCAGACUUUCCCGGAUCUUGCUUUUGAUAUCGUGUCGGUUCCUAUUGGUGAUGGGGGGGAUCACCGGGCCUGGAUUCAUUCUCACUUUGGAGAGGUUUCUGCCGCGCUCGCUUUGGAUCAUGUCCGCCCCAAAUUUCCUUUGGUUGAUUGGGGCAGAUGGAUCUGGGCUCCGUUUAUCCCGACGCGCCGUUCCAUUGUCACCUGGCGCGUGAUCCUUGGACGACUCUCUACUGCCAGCUCGCUGCGCCGUUCUGGCUUCAUUGGUCUGAGCUGGUGCCCGCUUUGCCGGAAUGCGGAUGAGGAUAUUGAUCACCUCUUCUGGGAUUGUGAUGUUGCUAGACUUGUUUGGCAGUAUCUUUUUCUCUGGUUCGGAGUUGACGCUCCAUGGUUUCAUGAUUUUGGGAGUUUGAUCCUUUGGGCCAUGAAGAGACCGGCUAGCACGCAGGUGGACAAUCUUUGGAGGGUUGGGGUUAUGUCUACCGUUUGGAGUAUCUGGAAUGUUCGUAACAAAGCUGUGUUUGAGGAGGCUCCUGUUUCUGCUGUGGCCUUGUCGAUUCAGAUCAAAGCUUUUAUUUUGAAGUCUUCUCAAUUCUGUUUAGGCGAGAUGGCUAACUCGGUUGAGGAGCUGCUGAUUCUUCAUGGUUUGGGGGUGCCUGGCAGACCUCGCCGGCCGAUCUCUUUUGUCUAUGUGUUCUGGUCUCCUCCUCCGGCCCCCUGGCGCAAGAUCAAUAUCGAUGGCUCUGUUCAUGGCUCUCCUCAUCUCUUUCAUGCGGGAGGGGUCAUUAGAGACUCUUCUUGUGUUUUGGGCUGCUUCCACUUCUCUGCUGGGCGUGGUUGGCCUUUCGAGGCUGAGCUUCUCGCUCUCAUUAUUGCUCUGGAGGAGACUGUUAUCCAUGGCUGGGGCUAUGUCUGGAUUGAAACGGAUUGCACUUACUUGGUUGAUCUUUUCCGUUCUCGUUCCGACACCGUUCCUUGGAGGUUCUUCAGCCGCUGGCGUAAGGUUUGCUUGAGAAUUGAUUAUAAAAGUAAUUGCAUUAGGAGGUUCACUGCUAGCGGGGAACUGGGUCUGAUCGGCUGGUUGGUUUGCGGGUUUUUGCCUCUCUACCUUUGCAUCGGACUACUUUGGUGGCUGUGGGUUCUUUUGGGGCCGGGUCAGGUUGGUGGUCGUUUGGUUGCGGUGCCCCUCCGGGCUCCCUUUUCCCCGCGGAAGCGUUUGAGGUUCGAGGAGGCCUGUUGGUCUGAUGGUGUCCGACCUCUCGGCGUGCUUCUGGCACGUGUUCUCCUGCGGGUCGUGGCGGAGAUGCUCGAGUUCGAAAUGCUGCUCUGCGCUGGCAGUUUCAGGCAGUUUGCCUUGGCGACCAGCCAGCUCUGUCCCUGGUCUGUUUUAAACGCCCGGCACAGGAGGGCCUAUCCUGCCGGAUAG